AUGGGCAAGGAUCCUAACUCAUCGCAUAGAGUUGCUAUCAAAUGUUGUUGUGAUUUAACAAAUCAAGCACAACAUAUUGAGGCAAUUAUUGAAAAACAAACUUCCAUACAAAUUGCUAGAAAUCAUUUGCGAUUGAAGACCUCAAUAGAUGUGAUUAAAUGGUUAACAUUCCAAACCUGCGCUUUCAGAGGUCGUGAUGAAUGCCACGAAUCUAACAACCGAGGGAAUGUGCUCUUGGCUUCUUAUAAUGAGGAUGUAGCAGCAGUGGUUUUGGAAAAUGCUCCUCAAAAUGCUUCAUAUCAUUCCCAUGGGAUUCAAAAGCAGAUUCUUAGUAUUUUCUCUGAUAAGAUACAAAAAUUCAUUCGUGAGGAGAUUAAUGAUGGGAAUUUUUGCAUUCUAGUUGAUGAAUCUGAAGAUGAAUCGAAAAGAGAGCAAAUGGCAAUUGUUUUGAGAUUUGUUGAUAAAUAUGGUUUUACAAAAGAGUGUUUCUUUGACAUAGUUCAUGUGUUAGAUACCACGUCGGCAACUUUGAAAGAAGAAAUUUGUAUUGUCCUUUCUCGUCAUAACCUUAGUGUGCAAAAUAUUCGUGGUCAAGGAUAUGAUAGUGCCAGUAACAUGUCUGGAGAAUGGACUGGGUUGCAGGAUUUAUUUUGUGCUGAGUGUCCAUUCGCAUAUUAUGUUCAUUGCUUUGCUCAUCGGCUCCAAUUGGCUUUAGUAAGAGCAUCUAAACAGGUUAUAUCUGUUGGACAAUCUUCACUGUAUAUCAGAAAAUCUGGACCAAAGGAUUUUGAUAUUCUCGCUCUUUUACUUUGUGUUGAUUCAUCAUCAGUUAAAUCUUAUUGA